UUUUUUUUUUAUAUUUUUUUUGAUCCAUUCAAUGUCGUUGCAUGGCGGAGUGGGCUCACCAGCCUCCCCUCCAUUCCAGUCGCCGCGACGCGUCACCUUCGCCGAGCAGCCCAGCAGCAGCAGCAGUGCAGCACAGGACAGAGCCGGAAGCAGCAGCAGCAGCAGCAGCAGCAGCGGGAGCAGCAGCAAAGGGAGCAUGAGCCCUGCAGCACGCAGCUCAGCUUCGUCCCCGCUUCCCGCGUCGCAUCUGCUCUCGGGCGGCGGCGUUUCGCCUGCAGGUUCCAUGCGAGGUGGAUUCGGAGUCACCGGGUUCAGCCAAGCGGACGGACAACCGGGCGUGCCUGGCUCUGCUGGAGCCGCCACGCGUGUCCCGUCAACCAAGCGCGCAGCGUCUGCCGGAUCGGUCUCAAGAGUGCAAGACGCGCUGCUUGAUGCAAUGACAAAGCCCGUCACGAUCGAGGACCGCUGCACCCAGGUGAACAAGCAGCUCGAGCACCUGCGCACAAGCGACGACUUUCAAGCUUUUGCGCAGAUGCUCCCGUUGCUGCUGCGCGCCGUCUUCCAGGACUGGAUCCAUGGCAUUUCGAAAAAGGAGGAUCGCCAGGCGCUCGAGAGCUUGCUCUGUGUGCGAGGCAAGCUGUUCGAGCUCAUGCGCCGGCUGCAGGCUGACGAUUUCGUUCGCAUUGACCUCGCACGCGCCCUCCUGCCGCGAGGACUUCAAAUGGCAGACACCAGCUCCACCCAGCAAUCGAGGUCGGCCACUGUCAAGUCCGACAGCGCGGCAACGACGGUCGACUAUUACACAUUCCCUUGGGAUGUCAAUGUGACGGGAUCCGGCGCUGCUUCGACGGCGGGAGGAAACGCGCCUGGCGCGCCACUGUCUGCAUUACCGCUCGGACAACGCGGUUCUCGAGCAAUGAACAUCCAACUAGGCGCUGCUGCUACUGGCCGACUCGGUUCAGACGCCUCCGCGAGUGGGGACAAGUCGCCGCUGGCAAGCUCGAACACAACCCUCUUUUGCACAACACAGCGCGUGUCGCUUGGUGUGCUCGAGUAUUACAUGUGCUGCUUUGCUUCCUGCGUGCUUGAGAACCGCUCGGCGAAGCGCGAGUACUUUGGCAACCAAAAGAGUGGCAGCAGUCGGCAGGAGAGUCGGGGUGCUUUUCAAAGUUUGGUGUGCGACUAUCUCGAGUAUUUUUUGCCAAUCAAAAAUUCAGCAGCAGCGGCGGCAACAGCAGCCGACGAGCGCGAGAGCACGGAUGAUCAAAGUAACAGCAACAGCAGCAGCAGCAGCCUCAAAUCUGGUUUCCUGUCGUCCUUUGGAUUUGGCGCGGAAAGCGACCCCAACAACAGUACCGACGCUCCUUCACUACGACACCAUCCGACGUUGGCAUUAUCCGAAAUGUUUGUGCGCGUGGUUUUGAUCCAUUGGCUGCGCGACCAACGGUACGAUCGCCUGUCUCUCGGCAUGUCCUCGUUCACCGAUGACUUGGCUGCGAGUUGCAGCGAUCUCCACGCGGCACCGGGCUCCCCGCUUGUCGGCAUCCGCAAGCCGUACGCGUCCAACUCGGCCGAACUCCAACACGCGGCACCGGCGUGGUUCCAGACUCAAUGCCUCUACCUCGUCACCAAGCACAUUCUUGCCUUUCGGUUUGCAUCGAACUGCGGUGCCAGCUAUUGGAGCACCGAAUCUAGCGGCACGUGCGUGUUUCUCCCCCGCCGGUCCAACUUGCCCUCCCAUGCAGCGCAGCACGCCGAGCUUGCGCCGCUCACAAUGCAACUCCUUGCGGCGCCUCUGUUCCACUUUGUUCGCUUCAUUCUGCUCGUGACACGUUCCCCCGUGGAUAGCCUGUUCUUCACCGCUGUCAAGCUUUGGCUGGCCUUCAUCCAACCGUGGGGUUCUGCAGCGGCAGUCGAGGAGAAGGAGUCGGGGAACGCUCUCUUGUUUGAUCUCACCCAAUCCCCUCAAGCAGCGAUUUGGCACCGGUUUGUGGAAGACCACUACCUCUUCUACACGGAUCUGAGCUUUAUCUUUUUGCAGCGUGCGACCCAUUUCAAGCCCCUUUCGCAAACAAACGAGCUGCGCUAUCUCUACAUUUAUGCACGCGCGUUCGCCACCACUGGCCUCAGCAAGUGGAUUCUUGACGCCGAGCAAACGCUGGUUCCGCUCUUGGACUCUGUCUCGCGGACGGCAACUCGCGGACUGGUCGUUGCUGCAUCAUCAUUCUCAUCAUCAUCAUCAUCGUCGGGACUGGCAUUCUCGUCGUCGUCUCUGAGUAGCCCCGGGGCCACCCGGCGAGGCCUCACCUCUUGGCGGCUUCCUCCUCGCUUCCGCAAAGCUGGCGUAGACGAGGACGUGACACAGGACGAUUCGGCUUUGCGAUCGCCCGACGUCACCAACCUGUCCUUUGCUUCCCGCCAAAACUCGCCCGUUCGUGGCAACCAUCGUAGCUCUGUCAUGGGUGGCGCACGCUUUGGUGCCUUCGUGCUUCAGCAGCAAGAGCAGCACCAGCUCGAGCUUGGACGACAGCUGCGAGAUCGCAUCGAGUCGUUGGUAUUUGCUUCUGCCACCUCGCCUCCUCAGUUUACCUACUUCCCCAUGCUUAUUGAUGCUCAUCACACUGCCGACGUGUUUACUGCACUCGGCAUUGUGCUUGAGCAGUCGUGGACGACGCACCGCAAGCUCGCAGCGAUCGCCCACCCCUCAAAGUCCAAGCGGUUACUCGGAGUCGACCCGUCGGCCGUGGAGGCCGUGCCUGUCGUGGGUGCUCUGAGUCGCACAAUGCGAGGCUUGUAUGCCCGGAUGUUCUCUCCGGUGUUCUCUAAGGGAAAAUCCGGCACCGAGGAGCGGUCGCUCGACAUGGCCGACGCUACGCUCGUGUUUUUGGAGCAAUUUUUCGAUCUUACCGAGGUCCACUCAGAAAUGCCAGAGGACGACGCCGACACUCCUGUGAUUACGCGCGUCAAACCGCUUUCCAGCUACGAUGACAUCCGUCAACCCAUCCGCGAGUUCGAAAUUGCAGUGCUUGUGCGGUGGCUGGUGCGCUUGUCCGAAUGGAUUGAUGCCAAGGUUCCACAAGAAUGGACCUUUUUGCGCUCUCCCACUGCGACCGGCCCGGUGAUUAAUCUGCGACCUCUCGGAUCCAUCACGUUUUAUGUGCGCUUGGCCAUCAUCCUGCUGGUCGCAGGGACUGUGUUCUUCAUGGUGUCUGGGGCAGUGCACCUGGCCACCGCGCCGGCGCCAGCACAGUCCGCGGAGGAUACGAUGGUGCAGCGAUAUCGCGACGUUUUCAAGACUCUCCAACCAAUGACACGAAAUAUCGCUCGACUCAACCUGCCCGAGCUCCAGAAUUUGCUAGGGGAUGUUUCAUCCAAGAUUCGUGAUUCUGGUCUCGCCGAUGCCGCAAAGCCGACUGCACAAGCGGUUCAGCAAGACUACUUGGUUGUUGGAGUCUAACAUUUGUGUGUGUGUUGUUGUUGUUGGACAAAGUAUGUGCGAAAGCGACCAUGUUCUUAGCUUCCCUACAUUGUAUCCUCUAGUGCACAAAUCUCCUUGCGGUGUGCUUCACUAGUGGUGUCUCAGGCUCUG